UACAUUCUCUGACGUUACGUAGGAUACGUUCAGCGUGUGGAGAAAGUUUAUCCAGUGCUGCGACGGAAGCUAUUAAAAUGUACCGCCCCAAGCCCACGUUGAAAGACCGACAACAUCUUUACAAGUUAAUCAUCAGCCAGUUAUUAUAUGAUGGGUACACCAACAUUGCCAACAGUCUUAUCAACGAAGUCAAGCCCGCCAACGUUGUCUCUCCCUCCGAACAGCUCAUGCAGCUCGCUAAAAUAGGGAUGGAAAACGAUGACAGUGCAGUGCAGUACGCCAUCGGACGCUCGGAUACCGUGGCUCCAGGAGUGGGUAUCGAUUUGGAGUUUGACGCAGAUGUACAAACCAUGUCCCCCGAAGCGUCCGAGUACGAGACGUGCUACGUGACUUCGCACAAGGGCCCUUGCCGAGUGGCCACGUACAGCCGAGAUGGGCAGUUGAUCGCCACUGGGUCUGCCGACGCCUCAAUCAAGAUCCUGGACACAGAACGGAUGCUGGCCAAGAGUGCCAUGCCGAUAGAAGUGAUGAUGAACGAGACAGCACAGCAGAACAUGGAGAACCACCCGGUCAUCCGGACCCUCUACGACCAUGUGGACGAGGUCACGUGCCUAGCCUUCCACCCCACGGAACAGAUCCUGGCAUCGGGCUCGCGGGACUACACACUCAAGCUGUUCGACUACUCUAAACCAUCAGCCAAAAGAGCCUUCAAACACAUACAGGAAGCAGAGAUGCUGCGCUCGAUCUCCUUCCACCCGUCGGGCGACUUCCUGCUGGUGGGCACGCAGCACCCAACGCUGCGCCUGUACGACGUCAACACCUUCCAGUGCUUCGUCUCGUGCAACCCGCUGGACCAGCACACGGACACCAUCUGCAGCGUCAGCUACAACCCCACCGCCAACAGUUACGUCACCUGCAGCAAGGAUGGCAGCAUCAAGCUGUGGGACGGCGUGUCAAACCGCUGCGUGGCCACCUUCGACAAGGCACACGACGGCGCAGAGGUCUGCUCGGCCAUCUUCUCCAAGAACUCCAAGUACAUCCUUUCCAGCGGGAAGGACUCUGUGGCCAAGCUGUGGGAGAUCUCCACUGGACGCACGCUGGUCAAGUACACAGGUGCGGGUUUGAGCGGGCGUCAGAUGCACCGCACGCAGGGUGUGUUCAAUCACACAGAGGACUACGUGUUGCUGCCGGACGAGCGCACCAUCAGCCUGUGCUGCUGGGACUCGCGCACGGCCGAGAGGAAGAACCUGCUCUCGCUCGGACACAACAACAUUGUGCGCUGCAUCGUCCACUCGCCCACCAACCCCGGCUUCAUGACCUGCAGCGAUGACUUCCGUGCGCGCUUCUGGUACCGCCGCACCACCACCGACUGAAGAGGAGGAGGAAGAGCAGGAAGGGAACAAGAGAAGGACAUCAACAUCACAAACUGUCAGCCAAUACAGUUCAUAUCCAGUCAUAUUGCUGAGGAGCUUUCACUCUCUCGUACAUGCCUCGGUCUCUCUUUCACUCUCUCGUACAUGCCUCUGUCUCUCUCACUCUUUCGUACAUGCCUCUGUCUCUCUCACUCUUUCGUACAUGCCUCUGUCUCUCUCACUCUUUCGUACAUGCCUCUGUCUCUCACUCUUUCGUACAUGCCUCUGUCUCUUUUCUCUUUCAAUCUCGUACAUGCCUCUGUCUCUUUUCUUCCAGCCAUGCUUCACUUCUCCCUCUCGUGUGCUGAUAGCUGUUGCUACCCUGAAGCUAUAUUUGAGGUUGAGUGUUCUACAUGCAAAGAGCCAUGCACAAAAGCCUGCCUGCAUUGUGGGGUACGGUAAAGAGCCUUUUACUGUUAAUGAGCCAUACAAUUGCGAGAAAGCAGGAUGUGGUUUUUCACUGUUAAUAUCUAAAAUGCCACCCUGCCAUAGCCACAGUGGAGAUGAGAAGCGCAAACCAGACCGCAGUACCUUAUUUAAAAGGAAGAGGGAGCUACCUAUCAAGCAGGACUGGGUGAAAGUGUUUGGUCAGUAGUCACUGUCUUGUUUAGGACUCAUCCACUGAUUUGGCUCUCAAAGGGUGAAAUGUGAAGUAGAGAUGCAACUGAAACUAGAACUGAGUUCUCCAUUUUGUUUGUGUAUUAUAUAUCUGCUCGAAUGUGGGUGUAUUUCAUGUGAAAGUAUUUCCAUGUCUUUUU